AUGGCGGGUCACCACAACCACCCAAUCGCGCUCGACCCGGCGUUGGUCAAGUACAACAAUAUGUGGAUCAACAGAUACAAGUACUUCAGAUGGACUGGGAGGACUGCUGGAAUCACCUUCGCAUAUGUGGCUGCGUUCCCAGCGUUCAUCGGAUACCUGGCGUUCACUACCGAUGGCAAGUGGGAUAUGAGGGGUAAGAGAAGAGGAGAUACCAUCGUGGAGUUCUAG